AAUUGCUUACAAAUAAUGGAGAAAAUACUAGUUGAACCCCGAGAUGGAUCUGUGGUAUCAUGUUUGUCUAACAUCCUCCAAACGAGUGCUGAAGAAGCAUUCGCAAGUAGUGAUACAUUCAAGGUUGGAUUAUCAGGAGGAUCUUUAAUAUUAUUAUUGGCUCAAAGUUUACCUAAUAUUAAAACUGAUUGGAGUAGAUGGAACUUUUUCUUUUGUGAUGAAAGAGUUGUUCCCUUUGAUAGCAAUGAUUCCACUUAUGGAGAAUAUAAAUCAAAUUUGAUUGGAAAAAUACCAAUAAGUGAAGAUCAAUUUAUAAAAAUUAAUCCUGAUUUAUCUGCUGAAGAUGCUGCAAAAGAUUAUAUUAAGAAGAUGUCCGUUUUUUUUCCUCCUGAUCGUGUUCCAUGUUUUGAUGUUCUUCUUUUGGGAUUGGGUCCAGAUGGACAUAUAUGUUCUCUUUUUCCUGGUCAUAAGCUUUUGAAUGAAGCCAGUUUAUGGGUCUGUCCUAUAAAUGAUUCUCCUAAGCCACCACCAUCUCGUAUUACUCUUACUCUUCCUGUGAUAAAUAAUGCAAAAAAAUGCAUAUUUGCUGUUACCGGAUCUAGCAAAGCAGAAAUUAUUAAGCGAAUUUUGCAAGACAAAGAAAAUUUACCAGCUGCUCGUGUACAACCACACAAUGGAGAAUUAUAUUGGAUCUUAGAUGAAGCUGCUGCAAAAUUCUUAGGAACAGCCUAAACAAGAUAUUCAAUAAAAUUAACUUACAUUCCACGUCAA